CGUUGGUCCCGUUUCUUUCCCUGCAAUUACCUGACCAAUUUUGUUGCGGCUUCGCACGGAUACCAUUUUAGUCCAAGUCUGGUCCAAGAUGGCGGCCACCACGGACGUAAUGGGGAUCGAAGAUGCGAUAAAAAGUGAAAAUCUCGGGCUUUCGGAGGCUGAAAAAAUCCGUUUAGAGACUGUACUUAAAAGAGCUAAGGAAGUAGAAGAAGAGGAUUUCUUCAGCAGUCAUCCAAUGGAGGGCACCCUCAAUAAAUACACCAACGUCGUGAAGGGGUGGCAGAACCGGUGGUUUCUACUGGAUCCCCAGAAGGGAACCCUGGAAUACUACGUGACUGAAGAAUCCAGAAAGACCCAGAGACCGAGAGGAUUGGUGCAUCUGACGGGAGCGGUCAUUUCGCCCAGUGACGAGGAUUCCAUGACGUUCAACGUGAACGCGGCCAACGGGGAAGUGUACCGGCUGCGGGCUACCGACGCCAAGGAGAGGCAGUUCUGGGUCAGUCGCCUGAGGGCGGUGGUGCAACGCCAGGGGGAAGUCAUCUCACAGUCGCUGGGCGACACAACGUCACCGUCGUCCAGUCAGGGCUCCAACGAUUCCCUCCAGCAGCGGUCCGUCAUGCGACGCCAUCACUACAACGCCGCCCCGCGCCAAUCCCCCUCCAACUCCCUGGGCAGGCACACCAGGCCCCCUUCCCUCGCCCCCUCCCUCACCCCGUCUGUCACCCAGGAGUCGCUGCACAACGCCCGGGACAUCAUCACUAUCGCCGAAGAGCAACAGAGGAUGCUGGUCCAGGCACUGGAGUCGCUACCUUCGUCGGGCCACCCGAUCAACUCCUUAGACCACGACUGCCUGCUCCUCAAGUCAACAUCUCACUCGGCCAUGGGCUGCCUGGAAGACUGCCUGAACAUCUUACAGAGGCAGGACAUCGCCCAGGGGCACAGGUCAAACAGUGACCUCCAGCGAUCCAUGGCCAACAUCAGCCUUGAUCUUCAUGUGGCCAAUCCGCAGCCAGUCGGCAGUGUGAUCAACACGAAUAGCCCCAGCCACUUACCAGCGAGUAACGGGGUGGCAGACAGCUCCGAUCGUAGAGUGCCAUUUAUCAAUCCAGCUGACGAGGUUGAAGACAAGGAGGGCGGUGAAGACGAAGACAUCGGGGGAGUGGAGGAACACAAGAGUGUCAUCCUGCACCUACUCUCCCAACUCAAACUAGGCAUGGAUCUAACCAAGGUGGUGUUACCAACGUUUAUUCUUGAAAAGCGGUCCCUGCUGGAAAUGUAUGCUGACUUCAUGGCGCACCCUGACAUGUUUGCGAGAAUUCCAAGUUUACCAACUCCAGAGGCGCGCAUGAUGGCAGUCGUUGAAUACUAUCUAUGCUCAUUUCAUGUCGGCAGAAAGGGCUCGAUUGCCAAGAAACCCUUCAAUCCCAUCAUUGGUGAGACGUUCCACUGUUCCUGGGAUUUGCCCUCCAACUCCAGCCAAUCAGACGGCCCCGUUGAGAACGGUCGAGUCACCUUUGUGGCCGAGCAGGUUUCCCAUCAUCCUCCGGUGUCCGCAUUCUACGCAGAGUGUCCCAGCAAGAAGAUCUGCAUGAACAGCUGGAUAUGGACUAAAUCGAAAUUCCUGGGCAUGUCGGUCGGAGUUAACAACGCCGGAGAAGGCACGAUUCGGGACUUGGAGCACAACGAAGACUACACCAUGACGUUCCCCAGCGCGUACGGCCGGUCCAUACUCACGGUGCCCUGGAUGGAGCUCGGGGGACGAUGCACAAUACAGUGUGCGCAGUCUGGGUACCAGGCCGCCAUCACCUUCCAAACAAAGCCAUUUUACGGUGGGAAGGUUCACCGGCUGAAUGCCGAAGUGAAGAACCCUGCCAACACUGUCAUAUGCCGAGUCCAAGGCGAGUGGAACGGACAGCUGGAAUUCUCAUACGCAGGAGGAGAAAAAAAAGUGGUGGACCUGACCAAGUUGAGCAGUAUACCCAAGAAGGUCCGGCCCAUGGACAUGCAGGGAGCGUUUGAGUCUCGCCGGCUGUGGCACAACGUCAGCAACGCCCUGAAAAUUGGCGACAUCAACACCGCAACUGAGCACAAACGAUACCUUGAAGAGAUACAGCGUCGCGAGGAGCGUGAACGCAAGGAGACCAACACGCCCUGGCAGACCAAACUCUUCAAGAAGAACGAGGAAGGCUGGUCUUACAACCGGGUACUGCAAGUGCAGUGAUGAGGAGCAGUAACACAAACAGCAAGUAACAAAAACUCAAGGGUCACUCUGAACACUUAAUCACUGUCUAAGCCCGUUGUCGUGGAGGUGCGAAAAAAAAAAAAUUGUUUAAGAGCAGAAAGAUUUGCUGUGCUAACGCGGGUCGCCAUACAGAAUCCCAUUGAUGUCUGCUAGGCCGAUUAAAAAAAUAUAAUGGUUUCUCGUCUGAGCUAUUUGGAAAAAAUGAAGGAGGCUGGCACUUUUUUUUCUCCCGUUAUUUUUCUCAAGAUGGCAGAUUUUUCAAGAUGGCGGAUGGAUUCUUCCAUUUUAUUAACUGUUUUGCUGAUACAAAAUUGUGUCCUAAGGAGCCAUAAUCCUCACCACAUAGCUACAAUUUUUUGGGAAACAAAUAAAAAAAAGACAAGAUAUUUGCAAAAUGUAUUGCCUUAAGGGCAUAUUUGCCUUAAGGAUGACGCUUUUGCCCACAAGAAAAAUCAAUGAUGUGACACCCUUGUUAUUGUUAUUUUCUGCAUAAUAGCUCAACGAAAUUGACCCAAGGGCCUUUUUAUUGGUCUUUUUAAUGAGCCGUAGGUUUGGGGAAAAAAAGGUCAAACAGACUGAAUAAAUAAUACCUCAAUAUCUUUAUUAAAA